UAAGUGCGGCUUCCAGAUCCAACAAGUACGCGGGAUUAUUUUUGUUUUUCUAGUUUUAAGGAAAUGAAAAUAAGUACAGAUUAACCUUAUUUAGGUAUUAGUUUUCGAAAACGAAAACUAAACGAAUCAGCUGUAAGCAGCUUUUAAAUACCAUGCUCCUAAGUCGAUACUGUGCAUUAUUUUAGUCAUCUUUAGCACUGCUGAUGCGAUUUUGAUGCGAUUCAUACCGCUGUAAAGUAUAGAAGUAUCCGAAAUCCGCCAAAAUGGCUGCGGAAGCCACUAGGAACCUUCAGUACGAGUACAAAGCGAACUCCAAUUUGGUUCUUCAAGCUGAUCGUACUCUUAUUGAUCGUCGUCCCAAAGAUGAACCCACGGGUGAAGUCUUAUCUCUUGUUGGUAAAUUGGAGGGCAGUAUUAUGGGAGAUCGUGCGGAACGCAACCGUCCCCAGCAUCUUUCUGAACGAAAAGUCAAGCGGUUAAAGCGUGAUGAGGACCAACGGGAUUUCGGUAUUCGUAAGGGCGCUUCAAUUCUCUCUGCAUAUUCGGAAGCAACAACGGGCGCAAACUAUCGACCCAGGACACUGGAAACACGCCAGACGUACGAAGUGAUGCUUCAGUUUAUUCAGAGUGCACUGGGUGAUCAGCCCCGUGAUAUCCUGUGCGGAGCCGCAGAUGAAAUUCUGGACACACUGAAAAAUGAUAAACUAAAAGACAGAGAGAGAAAGAGGGAUGUUGAAUCGUUAAUCGGCCCGUUACCGGAAGAGCGUUUUGCGGUGCUUGUCAAUUUGGGCAAGAAAAUAACCGACUACGGUGGACCCACGGAGGCCCAUGCUGCCCUCAUGGAUGAGAGUGUGGAUGAUACAACGGCGGUUAAUGUACAGAUCGAAGAGUCGGAAGACGAAGAUGAUGAGGAUAUCCAUGGUGAAAUCAAGGAGGAUGAAGAUGCUGAUGAAACGGAAGGGCAGGAAGCGUUUGUGGAAUCUACAUUGAAAGCUAACCUGGCCCGAUCAGAAACAGAUACGUUUGCGCGGUUAAACGAGAAGAAGGAGCUCCGUCCCUUGGAUAUCGAUGCCCAUUGGCUUCAGCGAGAAAUUAGCAAGUCAUUCAGCAAUUUGAACAAGUAUCAUGAUCCGCUUGUGUCGCAAAAUAAAGCCGCGGAAAUUCAAAAAAUUUUGGACUCAGCUGUGGAUGAUCGGGAUGUGGAGAAUCGUCUGGUCAUUCUGCUCGGCACCGAGCAUUUCGACAUUAUCAGAACUCUACGAAAACAUAGGCAAAUGAUUCUGUGGUGCACGAAGCUACAGUCCGCACAAAGUGAUGAAGAAAAAAGCUUAAUCAAAGAUAGAAUGAGGGCCGAACCAGAACUGAACGAGAUCUUGCGAGCCCUAGAAAAUCCAGACAAGAUUGAUUUGGUACAAAGAGAGCAACAGCGUCAACGGGAAGUGCGGAAGGCCCGAGUGGCCGAAUUGGAUAUGGAAGUAGAUCAGGAGACUGCGGAUUCUGGGGGUCAGGUAGCCGGGAUGCGCAAAAUGCUGGACCUGAACGAUCUCACCUUCCAGCAGGGGAGUCAUUUUAUGGCCAACCGGUCGUGCGAUCUUCCUUUAAACACUACACGAACAACGCAUAAAGGUUAUGAAGAAUGGCAUGUGGCUGCAAAGAAGCCCAAACCCUUUGGAGAAAAUGAGAAACUUGUGGAUAUCAGCUCGCUACCAGUUCAUGCGCGUGCAGCUUUUGAAGGAUUCACACAACUUAAUCGAAUUCAAAGCCGUUUGAAAGACUACGCGCUGCACCAGGAUGAAAACUUACUAGUUUGUGCUCCUACGGGCGCAGGAAAGACGAAUGUGGCUUUGUUAACCAUUCUGCGCGUAAUGGAGAACCACAUGAAUUCAGAUGGCACAUUUAAUGUAGACAAGUUCAAGUGCAUCUAUAUUGCCCCGAUGCGAUCACUUGUGCAGGAGAUGGUCGGCAGUUUCACCAAGAGGUUGGAACCUUAUAAUAUCAGGGUUGACGAAUUAACUGGAGAUCAUCAGAUGUCUCGCGAGCAAAUUGAGGCUACCCAAAUUAUUGUCUGUACUCCCGAAAAAUGGGAUAUUGUCACUAGACGCUCCGGAGAGCGAUUGUAUACGAGUCUGGUUCGCCUGAUUAUUUUUGAUGAGGUACAUCUGCUCCAUGAUGACCGUGGUCCGGUGUUGGAAGCUUUGGUAGCUCGCACAUUGCGAACCAUGGAAUCAUCUCAGGAUCCGAUAAGAUUGGUCGGCUUAUCGGCUACGCUACCGAAUUAUGAAGACGUGGCUGUGUUUUUACGAGUUAAUCGCGACAAAGGCCUGUUUUUCUUUGAUAACAGUUUUCGACCGGUUCCUCUCGAGCAACAGUACAUCGGUAUCACCGAAAAGAAGGCCAUUAAACGCUUUCAGAUCAUGAAUGAUAUUGUGUACAACAAAGUAAUGGAAUACGCUGGAGUAAAUCAGGUGCUGAUUUUUGUGCAUUCCCGAAAAGAGACUGCAAAAACAGCAAAGGCCUUGCGAGAUGCAUGUUUGGAGAGGGAUAGCAUUUCGGCUUUCUUAAAAGAAGGAUCAGCUACUACCGAGCUUUUAAAGCACGAAGCGGGUGAAACUAAGAAUUUAGAUUUAAAAGAUCUUUUGCCUUUUGGAUUUGGCAUUCACCAUGCCGGUAUGACGCGACCGGAUCGUACCUUGGUGGAGGAUUUGUUCGGGGAUCGGCGAAUUCAGGUCCUGGUCUCAACGGCUACGCUGGCUUGGGGUGUGAACUUGCCUGCUCACACGGUCAUCAUUAAGGGCACGCAGAUCUACAGUCCGGAAAAGGGUCGGUGGACGGAAUUGGGAGCACUGGACGUAAUGCAGAUGUUAGGUCGUGCUGGACGACCGCAGUAUGACACGAAAGGUGAAGGCAUUUUAAUCACAAACCACUCGGAACUGCAGUUCUAUCUCUCUUUGAUGAACCAAAACCUGCCCAUUGAAAGCCAGAUGAUUGGAAAACUGGCCGAUUUGCUGAAUGCUGAGAUAGUGCUCGGAACUAUUCAGACGGUGAAGGACGCUGUGGAUUGGUUGGGAUACACCUACCUUUACGUACGAAUGCGACAGAAUCCGGGAUUGUAUGGAAUUUCAGUUGACUACAGGGAAUUUGAUGAAAAAUUGGAACAGCGUCGGGCAGAUUUGAUUCACACUGCGGCUCUGCAGUUGGAAAAGAGUCAACUGAUCAAGUACGAUAAGAAGAGCGGGCAUUUGCAGGUGACGGAUUUGGGCAGGAUUGCUUCGUAUUUCUACUGUACCCAUGAAACAAUGGCUACUUACAAUCAGCUACUGAGACCGACGUUGUCGGAGAUUGAAUUGUUCCGAAUUUUUUCGCUAUCGGGAGAGUUCAAGCACAUGGCGAUCCGUGACGAAGAGAAGCUUGAGCUUCAGAAACUGAUGGAACAGGUGCCGAUACCAAUCAAAGAAGGGAUUGAUGAACCAUCGGCGAAAGUUAACGUGUUGCUACAGGCGUACAUCUCGAAUUUGAAACUUGAAGGCUUUUCCCUUAUGGCAGACAUGGUUUAUGUAUCGCAGUCAGCCAACCGUUUAAUCCGGGCCAUUUUUGAAAUUGUCCUGCAUCGGGGCUGGGCUCAAUUGGCGGAAAAAACUCUGUCCUUAUGCAAGAUGAUUGAUAGAAGAAUGUGGCAGUCCUUAUCACCAUUACGCCAGUUCCCCAAGAUUAAUCAAAUGUGGGUGAAGAAACUGGAAAAGAAAACGAUUUCAUGGGAGCGAAUGUACGAUCUGGAUCCUCAUGCGCUGGGCGAGUUGGUGGGGGCUAGUCAACAGAAAGUCGGUAAAGAUUUGCACCGGGUUAUUCAUCAGUUCCCUAAGUUGGAACUUUCAGUGCAAAUUCAGCCUAUAACCCGUUCUACGUUGCGCGUGGAACUGACUAUAACUCCGGAUUUCCAGUGGAACAAAGAUGUUCAUGGGGAGUCACAAGGAUUUUGGAUAUUCGUGGAAGACGUGGACUCAGAAAUCAUUCUACACAAUGAGUUCUUUCUUCUGAAGGAAAAAUUUGCUGAAGAUGAGCAUCUGAUCAAGUUCUUUGUGCCCAUGUUCGAGCCGGUUCCGCCUCAGUACUUUAUCCGUGUCGUCUCAGAUAAGUGGAUCGCAUCGGAAACUCAACUAGCGGUAUCUUUUCGCCAUUUAACGCUGCCAGAAAAAAAUCCACCGCCCACGGAAUUGUUGGAUCUGCAGCCAUUGCCCGUGCAUGCACUGAGAAAUCUUGCGUACGAGUCCUUGUACGACUUUCGGUAUUUCAAUCCGGUGCAGACGCAAGUUUUCAACUCGUUGUAUACCACGGAUGACAACACAUUUAUCGGGGCACCUACUGGAAGCGGUAAGACAAUCUGUGCGGAGUUUGCCAUCCUGCGUCUGUUUUCACAGGAUCCUGACAACGCCAGGAUCGUUUACGUCGCACCGCUUCAAGAAAUCGCCGAGAAUAUCCACAAGGAGUGGGAAAAGAAAUUCAGAGAGCUUGGAAAGCGAGUGUGUAUACUGACGGGCGACACGUCAGCGGAUCUGAAAUUGUUGGGCAAAAACAACAUCAUUAUUUCCAAUCCGGAAUAUUGGGAUAUACUGUCUCGGCGGUGGAAGCAGAGAAAGCAUGUUCAGAACAUAAAUUUGUUCAUUGUAGACGAAUUGCAGUUGAUCGGUGGAGAGCAAGGCCCCGUACUGGAAGUAGUAUGCUCCCGGAUGCGCUAUAUGUCUUCGCAGUUGGGCCGAAAUAUCCGCAUCGUCGCGUUGUCGCAUUCACUUGCCAAUGCCCGGGAUGUGGCUCAGUGGCUCGGUUGUUCGCAGUCUAAUACGUUUAACUUUCACCCCCAAACACGUCCCGUGCCGUUGGAGCUCCAUAUCCAAGGAUUUAACAUCAGCCACAAUGCUACGCGGUUGGCAGCGAUGAAUAAGCCGGUUUUCAAUGCAAUUGUACGACAUUGUCAGAAUAAGCAGCCAGUUAUUGUGUUCGUUCCCAACCGGAAGAUGAGUCGGGUGCAAGCCAUCGAGUUGGUGACAGCAUCCAGAAUUCUUCAGAAGACGAAGAGAAGUGGAUUCCUCCAUUGUACCGAAAAAGAUCUCGAACAGUUUUUUGAUCAACUGACUGAUAAGACUUUGUGCGAUACGUUGUUGAGCGGAAUUGGAUACAUUCAUGAAGGGCUAGAGGAACGUGAUCGCAAGAUCGUUGAGACAUUAUUCUCGUCUAGUGCCAUCCAAGUGUUGGUGGUGUCAAAAGAGCUCUGUUGGUCUUUGCCUGUGAGAGCGCAUUUGGUUAUUAUCAUGGAUACGCAGUCGUAUGAUGGGAAAAUUCAUUCGUAUGUGGAUUAUGCUGUAACUGAUGUUAUACAGUUAAUUGGAGCAUUUGCCAAUCGUCCACAAGUUGACCAGAAAUCCGUGUGUGUGCUGAUGUGUCAGACGUCCAAAAAAGAGUUCUUUUUGAAAUUCUUGAUGAACCCUCUUCCUGUGGAAUCCCACUUGGACCACUUCCUUCACGAUCCAUUCAACGCGGAAAUUGUAACGAAGACCGUGGAGAAUAAACAAGACGCUGUGGAUUACCUGACUUGGACCUUAAUGUACCGUCGGAUGACCCAAAAUCCCAAUUAUUAUUCCUUGCAGAAUGUGUCUCACCGGCAUUUAUCGGACCAUUUGUCGGAAGUAGUGGAAAACACCCUGCAAGAUCUGGAGAAGUGCAAAUGCAUAUCGAUUGAGAAGGAAAUGGAUUUGCAUCCGUUGAAUUUGGGCAUGAUUGCAGCGUACUACAACAUCAACUAUUCCACUAUCGAAUUAUUUAGUCUGUCGCUGAACCAGAAAACCAAAGUGCGCGGUUUACUUGAAAUUAUUUCCUCAGCUAGUGAAUUCAGUCGUAUCCCUGUACGUCAACGGGAAGACAGGUCUUUGAAACUGAUCAAGGAAAAGAUCCCGUAUGGCCCACAAUCGAACAAACUGACUGAGCCCCAUACCAAAGCGAAUUUGCUCCUGCAAGCCCAUUUGUCGCGCAUCCAAGUUCCACCGGAGAUGCAGACCGAUCUCAACCAGAUUAUUUUGGCAAAAAUUAUGCGUUUAAUUUAUGCUUGCGUCGAUGUCCUGUCAUCCAAUGGAUGGGCGACUCCGGCCAUUGCGGCAAUGGAGCUCUCGCAGAUGGUUACACAGGCACUGUGGAACAAAGAUUCGAACUUGAAACAACUGCCGCAUUUCACAGCUGAGGUGAUCCAACGAUGCCAAGCAAAAAAGAUUGAGAGCAUAUUGGACGUGAUGGAUUUGGAGGAUGAGGAACGGAACAGUCUUCUGCAGUUAACGCCAGCACAAAUGGCGGAUGUAGCCAAAUUCUGCAAUCGUUAUCCCAACAUAGAUAUGGUUCAUAACCUAGCUGCUGACAAAGUUAAAAUGGGGGAGAGUGUUGUGGUGGAAGUCGUUUUAUCACGCGAUGAGGAAGUUGUAGGACCGGUCAUCGCGCCUCUUUUUCCACACAAACGCGAAGAAGGCUGGUGGAUGGUGUUGGCAGAAACGUCGUCUAAUACUCUGCUCUCCAUCAAGCGUGUAAACGUUACUUCGGCUGAAGUCAAGCUGAAAUUGGAUUUCUUAGCACCUGAACCAGCCGGGAAACACCACCUUUCUUUGUAUUUAAUGUCGGAUUGUUAUAUGGGAUGUGAUCUGGAACAUGAGCUAGCGUUGUCUGUGUCAAAAUAAUGCAGUGUCUUUGAUUUGGCUUAGGGGAUCAUUCCUGUUGAGUUUAGUUUUAAUCUGAAUCUGCCGCAGUAUCAGCUUCGUUGUUGGUGUUCUGAUAUUCAACUGUUAAUUUUGUUUAUAUGAUUUUGAUGUGAGUUUAUUGCGUUAAUCUACGUGUUCACUGUCUUGCUUUACAAGAAUACAACGGAGCACCAUA